AUGGUGUUUGGAGAAAAACUAAUAAAAGAAUUCGAUUUAUUUUCUAGACCGUUUGCGUUUUUUGUUGGGACUUAAAAGAGCAGGACAACAUGUAUAGGUGGUUUUCUAUCUCUGACAAUAAUUUCUGUUUCUUUAGUUUACUUUUACUACCUUAUGAAUCUUUACUUUUCUGAUAAAGUUGAACCUAAAAUAACUUAAAGCAUGAAAAUUGAAAGUGAUUUAAGAACUAUUUAAAUCAACGAUAGUUUUUUUAUUAUGGAGAUGCUCAUAAAUGGUUAGCCCUUAAAGUAAUACGAAAAAUAGGUCAACAAAGUUUUCUUAAACUAUAAUGUAUAUUAUGAAUAAUACUUUUAAAAUGGUUCAAGCAAUUACACUAAUUUAAAAUUUACAAAAUGUACUGAUCCGCAAUUUUCAGGAUAUCAAUGCUUAGACUAGUCUAAUUUUCAAUACAAUAUGGAUAUUUACAAUAGCCCAUUGCAAAAUGUAUCUUCAGAUUACUCAAUACAAAUCACACCAUGUGAUAAUACUACUAUUUCAAACUGUGCAACAUUGGAUGAAAUAAAUAACUUGAUUUUUCAACCUUCUAACUAUUUUUAGAUUUAUACAAAAAUACGUCAGUAUGAUUCUUCAGAAAGAAAGUACAAAGAUUCCUACAAAUCUGAAUAUUUUUAUUUUGAUCCAAAUAUGAUUACUUACUCACGCUUUGAUUUAUUUGCAGCUACGACUAAAGUUACUGAAGGUCUUAUUGUCUAGUCUACUUAAAUUUAGAAUAAUAUCUUUGAUUACUAAAGGAUAGAUACAUAUUUUACAUAAUAAGGAAUUUAAUAAAGAAUGAACAUAAGUGGUUUAGCCUAUAUUGUUUUUGAACUAAACUAAGCUAGAAAUUACAUAAAUAUUUAGCAUGCUAUGAUAACUGAAGUCCUUGCGUAAUUUAUGAGCAUUUUUAACUCGCUCCUAACAAUAGGAAUUUUAGCCAGAUUACUAGCUGAGUCCUACAUAGUAGAAGAUAUGAAUAAUAUUUUGCUCAAAGAAUAUUAUAAAAAAACUGCUCUUAGAUUAGUUUAGAGGAAAGAAAUAAAAUAAGCUCUUGUGAAAUUUGGUAAAGCAGAUGCUGCAAACAAAGCCUAGAUAUUUUCUAGUCUAAAUAUAAUUGGAAAAAUACCUUCCUUAAGGGAAACAUCUGCUGAGAAAUAAAAAUCCAAAAUUAUUGUUGAGGUUUAAAAAAAAAUAAAUGAAACAAAUUUUUCAGAAAAGCAAAGAUAAUAUUUCAGUAUCAGUUUCUUUGAGAGGGUAAGAUUGUUUAUUAAAAAGAUAGUUGGGCAUAAUCACAAAGUAGAUACAAAAAAAGAUACAAACUCAGAUCCUAUUUUGUAUAGCAAUCUUUUAAAAUAGUCAAUGAAGAGGAUAAAUAUCUUUGAAGUGUAUAAGGAUUUGAUUAAAAUGAAAAUGGCAAUUAAAUUAAUGCUGACAAAAGAUUAAUUUGCAGCGAUACAAUUUUGUGGUUCUGAUAUCUGCUAAGAAUAAAAUUGCUAACAAGAAUAAAAUUAAUAAAUUAAUUAAUUAAAAGCCACCAAUUAAGAUAAAUAAUAAAUUGAUCUAAUUAAUUAAAUAAAUCCUAUUUGCUCAAAUGAAAAUAGACUUAGUAAAAAUUUAAUACCUUCUCAAUAAUCUUAAUCUAACGUAAAAGUCCACAGUAAUUUUUAUAAAGAAAAACAUCAUUAAAACAAUAAUGAUGAGCCAGAAAAAUAGUUAAAUGUAUCUAUUUAAAUUAUUAAGGAAUCAAAUAAUGAAUAAAGUAAGAAAUCAAAAUCUGAAAAUCUAAUAGUCAUUGAUUAAUUUUAAGAUCAAAAAGAAUUAACAUAUUUUGGGGCUGCUUCUAGCAAUCAAAGUUAAAAGGCUGAUAAAGAAAAUAAUUUAUUUACAAGCAGACAUUUAAUCAGCAAAUUGAAUUCAGAAAAUACUAUACAAUUAAAUUCCCCUACAAAAUUUAAUUUUUAGCUAAAAGAAAGAGAUAAUAUUCAAAGCUUGCAAAUAAAAGGUGAUUAAAAUGGUCUUUUUGCUAUCUCAAGUCCAUCACUCGAUUGCUCAAUCGAACAAAAUUAAAAUAAUAAAGAACCAAAUCAAAAUAAUAUUUAAGUAUAAUUCUUAUAAUUAAAGUCGCAUUUAGAUGAUAUGGACAUGAUUGAAGAAAAUGAAUAAGAACAAGAAAAAUAUUUAAAAUAAUUUUUGGUAAAGAUGAAAGAACAAAAUAAUGAAAUCAGUUAUAUUGACAAAUAAAUUUAUCAGAGUUUGAUAAUUAAUGAAUAACAAGUCAGAAUGAUAGAAAAUUUAUGCGAUUUCUAGAAUAAUUCAGAAAGGAAAAUAUCAUUAGAAUAGCAUGAUUUACCAAAAAUGUUAAUAGAACUUUAAAAGAACUAAUAAAAUAAUAACUGA